ACAUUUACUGUCAAGUCAUGGAUGUGAGUUGUCAGUUGAUUUGGUGUUGUGUUAAUUUGCGUACGCAACGCGAAAGUUCAAGAAUGCAACUAGAAACAGCCGCAUAGUAUUCAAAUUAAUAUACGCUGGGCUAAAAAAACGCGUGUUCAGUUUACAAGUUUCCGCAACAGGAUUGCAAAUGUCAAUAUGUCAGGAUCUCGGCCUUAACUUCCAACAGAGAAUGGGCGCAAAUAUAUCACAACUAGAGAGAGAUAUUGGCUCCGAGCAGUUUCCACCGAACGAACAUUAUUUUGGUUUAGUUAAUUUUGGUAACACCUGUUACAGUAAUUCAGUGUUGCAAGCAUUGUACUUCUGUCGACCGUUCAGAGAGAAAGUCCUGGAGUACAAGGCAAAGAACAAGAGAACUAAGGAAACACUUCUAACAUGCCUGGCAGACUUAUUUUAUAGUAUAGCCACACAAAAGAAAAAAGUAGGAUCUAUAGCACCUAAGAAAUUUAUUGCUAGAUUGAGGAAAGAGAAAGAGGAGUUUGAUAACUACAUGCAACAGGAUGCACAUGAGUUUCUUAACUUCCUUAUAAAUCACAUUAAUGAAAUUAUUUUAGCUGAAAGAAACCAGAGCACUUUAAAACUGCAAAAGACAGAUGGAGCUAAAGAGGGUGUGACAUGCAAUGGCACGGUACCUCAGAGCCAGAAUACAGACCCUACGUGGGUCCACGAGAUAUUCCAGGGGACGCUCACCAGUGAGACCAGGUGUCUGAACUGUGAGACAGUCAGCAGUAAGGAUGAACAUUUCUUUGAUUUGCAGGUGGACGUAGACCAAAACACGAGUAUAACUCACUGCCUGAAAUGCUUCAGUGACACAGAGACCCUGUGUAAUGACAACAAGUUUAAAUGCGACAACUGUAGCAGCUAUCAAGAGGCCCAGAAACGUAUGCGAGUCAAAAAGUUGCCUCUCAUACUGGCGCUGCAUCUAAAGAGAUUCAAGUAUAUGGAGCAGUACAACAGGCACAUUAAAGUGUCACAUAGGGUGGUCUUUCCGUUGGAGCUGAGGUUGUUCAAUACGUCGGACGACGCAGUGAAUCCAGACCGGCUGUAUGAUUUGGUGGCCGUGGUGGUCCACUGUGGAUCCGGACCCAACCGUGGACACUACAUCAGCAUCGUCAAGAGCCACGGCUUCUGGCUUCUCUUCGACGACGAUAUGGUGGACAAAAUAGAUGCCUCUGCUAUAGAAGACUUCUACGGUCUUACUUCUGAUAUACAGAAAUCAUCUGAAACGGGAUAUAUACUAUUUUAUCAAUCUAGAGAUGCUAGUUGUUAAGUUUAUCUAAAUAUAGUAAUUUAUAUAUUUAACAUACCUAUAUGCCAUAUUGUUAAAGUUGGAAAGGCAUAUGUUAUUGAGAUUUGUUUGAUUUCGAUCACUAAAUUAAACUAUUAUUAUUAUUCAUCUGAUUAGAUUUCGUUCAUUUGUAAAUAUAUUUCAUUUAAAGUAAAUUAAAAAAUUGUGAUCUUUCUCUG